AUGGCUACUGGCAUAGUUGAUGAGGCGGCAAAAGAUUUCGAUCAAGUCAUCCAAGCAGGCUGGACAGGCAAGCUCUCCAGUUUCUCAUCUUUAAGCAGUGGUAUUGCAGAUGUUGGAAACAACGCAGAGGUUCAACAAGAAAAGUUACCGGUACUGCCUGAGUUACAACAUCUUGAUUACUUGGCGAUUGAGAAAGACCAUCGAUGGAUGCAUGAAGAGGAUUACCGUGCGGCUUGGAUUGCCGAGGGCUGUGAGAUUCUAGAUCAAAUCUGGGACUGA